AGCACGGGAUACUGUACAGCGUCGAUCAUCCGGUAUCGCGGAUACAGUGCAGUGCAGCCCUGGCGAGCUGAGGCUCGUGAUUGAUAAUCAUGAAGUUUCUGGUUCCUGGAAUUUCCUAGCGACGGCAGAUCGACUUGGGCUUCAGAGAUCACGCGCGCCUUUUGAGAGACAUAUAUGUACCUAGCGUGAGGGUUUUCUCGUAGCCACCUUGACCUCGUUGCGAUUAUUUUGUGGUCUCGAGACAAGAUGGGUAGCAUAACUUUGCUCAUCUCAUCCCUAUUCUCACCGACUGCUUGGUUCGGCGAUGCAUGAAUUGACCCUCCACGAUCCCAUUGAGGGAUGUUGUGCGAGUGCGUGUUCAUAGGGCUGAUGAACCAACUUGAUCGUGAUGAUACUAAAACGUGUCCUCAUAUCUCAUCCAUGUAUAGACAUACGUACGCCCAAGACAGGCCAUGAUGUGGAAGCCUUGAGGCAACGACUUUGCUACGCAAGGCAGCCCUUUUUGGAGAAAAGAUCCUGGUAGUUGAGACGGGAGGGAGCUUAAAACGUACAUAACGCUCAAGCAUAACAUAUGGUGUGGUAUGUGUCACUGAGAUACUUGCUGGGUCAGUGCAGUACAGUAUCCGUAAAAUGACCUCAGCUACAGUAAAACGUGUCCAAGUUCUCGGGCCCGUCCCUAAUGAAAUUUGGCUCCAGCUAAGAUAUCCGUAGUUGCAAUGGCGAUGACUCUUCCGGAUCCCUGUCCAUGAUUAUCCGGCACGCAAGACCCGGGGAUGUCGGGUCGGAAUCGCAGGGUGUAUCUUGUGACUAGAUUAUCCGUGAUGAGCCUUUUCUGUUUCCUAGAAAAUCCGAUUAAAUGCCUCUAUCUUCCUAUAGACUUGGUUGAAGACGUUGAAUAUUAUAUCACAGUCAUGAUGUAUGUACAAUACCUAUCCACUGAUGAAUACGUAUUAUCGUCAAAGAAUAGGUACAUCUGCCUUACAAGGCCCUUUUUAGCACGUCCCACUAUUUUUCAUUACCUCGUGGCCCCAAGGCCCUACUCCCCGUCCGUCGUAUAUCUCGCAUUCACCGUUUUGUUCCCCUUCCCUUCUCAGGUUCAGGGCGACGACAGGUGGCUUAGCAACGCGGCUUUUCACACAACGUCAGUGUUCCAUUGGUCUUGUCCAACUUACACUGUCUCGAACCAUUUAGCGUGACUUGUUGCGAAUGCACGUUUGCAGGGGGCUUACAGAGGAGACGCGUGCAAGAGGUACAUUCGUUUAAUUACACGAAACUCAACCAUAUCUUUAAAGAGUAGGUAUUUCGAUCUCUCAGCUGUGACGUCGUCACUGUACGUGGGCGCAUACGUGUUACUGUACAGUACUCGACCUGAAGUGCAGUAGCCUAAGGUAUGGAUGUACAGUAGGUAGGUAUUACUUUGAGAUUAGCCCCAUGGGGGGGACGUUUGUAAGUCGGUG